CCCUUGUAAAACCUUGCAAAAGAGUUCAACUUCCAGAGAACUGUCGGUCGCCAUGAGGAGGAUUAAUGGAGUUCGCGUACUCAGCCGGUUUGUAAGCGGUGAGGCCAACACCGCCACUGUCACCGCUGAUCGGCGGCUACUCCAUCCAUCGGCGGUUCACAGAACGUUCAUUGGAUCUGAUAUUCGGUGUUUCUCGCAAGCGAAGAAUCCAUUUGGCUUGUAUUGUCCUUCUUUUGCUCGGAAUGUUGCAGGGAAUGGUCGGUGCUUCUCUGUGGCCUCUUCAUCUUCGGUUCAUGAUGUGGUUAAUGACCUACCUCGUUUGUCGUUCGCACCCAAGGAUGUGGUUCUCUAUCAAUACGAGGCUUGCCCGUUCUGCAACAAAGUUAAAGCAUUCUUGGAUUAUUACAAUGUUCCUUAUAAAGUCGUGGAGGUGAAUCCCAUAUUCAAAAAGGAGAUUAAGUGGUCUGAAUACAAGAAGGUUCCAAUUCUGAUGGUUGAUGGUGUUCAAAUGGUGGAUUCUACAGAUAUAACUGAUAAGUUGUACAAAAGAAUUCAUCCAGAGAAUUCUACCUUAAUUCUAUCAAAUAAUUUGAAAUUAAAUAAUAAUUAA